AUGAGCGUCAACCAGAAACAAGUGACACUGAAAUCCAAUCCAAACGAUUCAAAGCAAAAUAAAUUUAUGCUACGGAAAGUCGAGUUGUGUGAUAUCAGUUCCAAAACAAAUCCAGACUCUUUAGCGAACAAAUGGAUGUGUGGAGUCAUCGUAAGCUCGAGGCAAUGCUUCAAAAAUGAUAAAGAUGGGACUCCAGAAAUUGAUUAUGAGGAGGUUGUAGUUGGUAAUGGCGAGCACUUUGUCAUCAUUCAAUUUGCUCCAAUACUUUUUGGGUCGAAAAUUAAUUUGGAGAAGUACUUUUCCGCACACAGAAAAAUCAUAUUGGAGAACAUCCCAGUGAGGAAAGUUGUUAACAAACAGGGUUGUGUCAUAUUGAAUGUCGGGACAACAAGGAAACCAACUGAAUUUUGCUUGAGGGUGUUUAACAACGAAGUGAAGUACGUGUUCAAACUUUUAGAUUUGGGAGUCAUCAAAACAGAAGUACCAACAACGCUCGAACACUAUAUAUUAGACGACGUGCAAUACUUAAAAGGCGAGUAUUACCCAAACGUUCUCACAAUCUCCAAAACAAAAGAAAUGCGACGCGAUGGGAAGUUUCUGGAUUUUGUUGGGUAUGUUGUGAGUUUUGCAACGAACUUCUGUGAGCGCAGACGAGGGACAGUGUUUGUUGGGUAUACUGCAGAUGACGUUAAAAACUAUGAAAAGGGGCAAUCCGAAGAAUUUCAAAUACCUGGCCUUCUUGGGGUAGGACGGGUGUUUGAAGUUGUGUUUGAAAACAUCACACAAAACCCACUGAACAAGUGGAUUAAAGUCAGUGGGUACCAAUUUGAAGGGGAAUUAGUCCGCGUGUGUUCUGAGAGUUGUGUACUUCUUAAUGAUAAUGACAAUGAAGUUUACUUUAAGAAGAACGACAUUAUAACAACAGUUGUUGAGAUGGCAGAGAGGAAGGAAAGUAAGACGAAUAAAGGGUUUAUCAAUGCACUGGAGAAGUUCCAACAGUCUUUGAUUGAAAGGAUGAGCGCCACAGACAAAGAGAAAAUAAUAAACAUCACUCAAAACCAGAAAGUCAAAAAAGAACUUGGUGCACAGACGGACAACGCUAUUGAGAUGCACCAGACAUCCGGGAUAGAAUAUAAAAUGUCAGAACUUGGCGAAAAGAAAGAGCAGUCACAAAUCACACAAAACACGAUUGAUGAGAUAAUGGCAGAAUACAGUCAAGACCAUGUCCAGGCACUUAACAAAGGCGAAGACGAUAAUAAGAAUACGGAAAGUUUCAACUUUGGAGUGGAUGAUAUCGACACCAUCAUGGAAACUUUCGAAAAAGAAGAGAAAAAGACUGCUUGUGUCAAAGAAGAACAUGGAACUGUUCAACUGAAUUCAAAUGAUAGUAAACUACAAAAGGAAGAACAGGAACUUAUACAAGGAGACAACGUAACAAACCCUAUUGUUCUUGAUUUGAACAGCGAAAGCACACAAGAAGUGAGUGAACUACCCACGGAAGAAAAUAAUGGGAACGAUGGGUGGGCGGAAGUACAAAUUGAAAAGACUGCUCGAAAGACAUUAUGUCAAUCCGACAUAUUAAAGUUGAGAAAAGCUGACUUGUUGGUGCAAACGGCCUCUGAAGAGGAUUUUCCACGAAAGAGACCAAGUUGCGAUGUGUUUUCGUCGAAUUUUAACAACGUUUCAGUCACCCAACUUACACAAAACGAUGUUUUGGAGAGCAACUCAAAGUUAAAAAAUGAGACUGACGCAACAGAAAAGACUAAAACGCCAAGCGAAAUUCCACUUGUUUCCGAUGAUAAGUUUCUGCUCAGUGUGAAAAUAGGGAAGUACACAAUGAGCGAUACACCAGACUUGAUUAAGACCAAAAUUUUUUUUGAUUGCGUCUCCAGCAAUAACGAGAAAGCUACCGUCACAUUCACGGAGAGUCUUAUUGAACAUUUGAAGAUGAUACUCAAACUCGACACAAAAUUGAAAUUUGUGGAAUUUCUGAACGAGGCUCUUGUUGGCAAUUCAGUGCUAAUGACAGUUACACAACGAGUUGAUUAUGAAACAGGUUCGCGGUAUUUUGUGUGUGAACGAAUCACUCUAACGUUUUAA